GAUGUCUUUUUUGUUUUCAGUGCUUUUGUAAUAUUAGCUGUGUAAACUAUGUGAGAGAACGUGUUUUUGUUGUUGUUGUUUUUUCACCCUUUGGUCUCUUUAGUGAAGUGUAGACCUCCUUCCCGAAAGUUAUUUGUUCAGCAGGGAUGAAUGCCAAAUCGAUGCUGGCUUCCCGUCUGAGUGCACUUCAGAGGAUAUCUGGGAUAAUGUCUUUUCCCGCAUGCUGAGUGCACUAUCUCUCUAACACGGAUGUAUUUGGGACACAGCUCAAGGCUGGUCCUGGGUAAGCGAGGGAGUGGAAAGCUAAGCCAUCUAAACACCAUCAACUGCAUCCCAAAAAGGCAGUUACACACCGUCUGGACUUGGCAAAGUGUCCAGGGGAUUUUCUCACCAACAGAAGUCUCCAGAAAGUGCUGUUAAAAUGUUAAUUUAGGCUUCAAUGCAUGAACAACACCACCGUUUAGAGUUAAAUCAACAAUAUAUGAUUCAUAAAGUAGCAGAAAAGCUACAGUUCAGCAAAAAGGUUCCCUGUAUCCAAGAACGGCAUAACACAACAUGAAUAUUUCCUCAAAACCCGAUAAAUAAUCCACGACGUCGUGGCCGGACGUGACGCCGAUUCAUCCCGGAGUGUUUAUUUUCCCGCUCUGACACUGGAGACUCCUUCCAAACACCUUAAAUAAAUAUACAUUUAUAUAUAAAUAAACAUACUCGUUACUGCCCACCCGUUCCGCUUUACACGGGGUGUAUACCCAAAAUCUGGGUCGUCAUACGAGCACGUGAGUCGAUCCAUAACUGCCUCACCACUCGAGAUAUCAGCUUUCCGUCUGCGUCGGACCAGUUUCUAAAGCUCUUAAUGGAUUAGCAGGAGAGGAAACGACAGAUCGUCUUUCACGGUCUAUUCUGAGCCGUGCUUUUAAACGCACACUUGCCGGCCUGUCGCGUAUACCCAAGCUUCGAGGGUUUACUGUUUUACUGUUCGAGGGAUUCCGAAACAGAAACAAAACGAUGCCACUGCUCAAAAGUGGACGCUUCAACCCAAGGUUUGGUCGAUGAUGAUGAAUUGGAUCGUGAUGGGACAAUCCUAUCUCUUCAAGUCUCAUUCCAUCUGAUUCCGUCUCAUUCCCAUCCUGUUCCAGUGUACCCUGUUUUCAUCAUGUUGGGACAAGAAAGACACUAUAGGAAUCCAUGUACUACUGCAUGAUGUGAUGUGAUGAGAUGUGAUGAGUACAUUUCCACUUUAAAAAAAACAACACUCCACGAUCGGAUCAUAUAGUGAGUAUAUAUGUCAGAAGCCAAAGACAACGGUGAACCAAAAAUUUGACACAAAACAUUCGUAUCUGGGAACGGUCAGGAUUCCGGUGGUUGUUAAACGACAAAAAUGAACCGUGUCUAAACAGUUCCUCCGGGAUUCCACCAUUUUGCGAUCGCAGAAAUGAACACGGAAUCAAGCAAACGGAGUAAUAUUCUGGGGAGGUUGACAUUUUUACAAUUUCCGGGAGAUUUUCAGCAGAGUUGGACCAGUUGGCCGGUCCAAUCACCAAAAAACUUGGCGAAAUCCCGUGUGUUACUGCAGCAACACAGAUCACAGCCCGGGGUGUCCACAUGUUUCAAACUCAUUAAGACUUGAAGUUUUGCCAAGAUUAUUCGGAACCAAACAUUAAGGGUCUUGCAGUAACCCACACUGCUCACAGCUUCGGGUCUUGUAUUUUCCCAAAUAAUGUUUUGUGGACACUAUAGCUAUAACGUGCUUUAAGAUGGUGCAAACAAUACGACUCUUAUUCACGUGUCUCCCUUCUAAUUACUGUGGUUAAAAUGCACAAAAGACGCCUUCCCGCAUUGUUGUUACCACGACGGGCAAGUUCCACAAUUUUUCUCCGUUCGGGUUGUAACUGUGUAGCAUAAAUCCACUAGUUCUUUGCAGAUCGCUCAUUUUCCCACACUUCAGCUCUUUGGAAAGUGUCUCUGAGAGGGAAGACUGUUGAGCGAGAGUCCCUGCCAGUGUUCAUUUGAUGCUUUUCAGAGGCUUGGAUCUAAUUUACAUGAAAAGAAGGGGGGAUAAAAAAAAAAAAAACCCACCCGAGUACAUCCUCCUCCUUCCAGGCGUUCCAUUCAUUUACUCGGUUAAGAGAAAACGAAGGCCGUUGAAUGCGCUUUAGCCCGAUGUUGACAAGGGCUUAUUCAGAGCACGCCAUUCUUAACGCUUUAGUUCUGCUACAGUAACACAAGCGCUGCAUGGUACUAACAGCGCCAAGUUGCUGAAGCUGUAGCUGGAUUUGAGAUGAACAAACCCAGUACACCACGACUGUGAGGAAAAGACACUAACAAUAGUGUUUUCUCAAUAGAGUUUCUGGAACCUUGAGGGAUGCCUUUAAAUUGAGCAGACAUUUGGUUCUUGGUAACCGAGUGUAGUCACCCAAGCGAUGUAUUAAACAUCGAGUAAAGUCCCCAGUCCUGCGUGACCUGACCACCGAUUUGGCGUGGUCCUAAUAUAUUCUAAAGCGCUCACUUGAUUGACAUCCUAUAACCUUCCCACUCCAUCACUCAAGCAGAACCGGGACUGUUUCCUGCUAGUUUGCUUUGCUUUCUAGGUUGUUCAGUCCUGAAGAGAGCAUUCAGGCGGAAACGCAUACAGCCAUGUGGACGGGACAAGCGACUCCGGCCUUAUGAGCGGUGAAGGAACAGCACAUCUGAAAUUUUGUGAAGUUCCUUGCUUUGUCUGGAUAGCAUCUCUAUCCUCGUAGGUAGUCUCUGGUCUGACAGCACGUCAUUUUCGUCAAACCAUUCAGUGAGCCCUCGGGUUCGGGAUGACGGGGCGGGGUCAUCUCGGAAGAGACGGCUAUCAUCAGGAUAAGGGUGAUCAGUCAGGAGAGCUUUGAGUUGGUUUGCAGUGAACCUUCUCUAUAAGGGACUUCAGCAGGAUUGCUGUCAGGAAUCACACAAAUGUAGCUUUACGCUAAUAAUGGACAACUGUUUGAGAACGGAAAUCACUCGAAGUGGAAGACUUCUCUUCAUUGCGGUCUCACUCGUGUAAUGAUGAUACUCCGAGUUGACUUUUCUCCUCAGGAUCGUUAUCAGUUUGCGAAUGGCAAAGGCAAAGCGUUUUUGGCUGCAACAAUCCUGUACGGAUGGACUUCGUGUUCAGCUGUCAGUGGCACCAUGCGACAUUUUGUUCAGCUUUGUUUAUGUUUGACAAUUAAACGACUUAAUCAUCCAGAGCUGACUCAAAAAAAAAAAAGAGUGGAAAAGAGCAUUUCAGUAAUAAGAAGAGAUACGGGAGGGCGUAAUUAAUAUUUAUCAGCUCUGUGGUCAGGAGCUGCUUGCUGGCGGUGGCAAUUGCAAAACAAAAAAAACCCAAACAGCUGGAUGUGUAGUAAACGGUAAAAAAAAGCAAAACCUUAAGAGGACAUUUUCAAUAUAAUCCUCUAACCCGGGGGGGGCAGUCUUAUCCGGAAAGUUCUCGUGUGGGUGCAGAUUUUCAUUCCAACCAAGCAGAAGCCACACCUGAGUCUACUGAAAGCCGAGAUCAUCUGAUUGAACAGGUGGAAUCAGGUGUGCCUCCUGAUUGGUUGGAAUGAAAACCUGCUCCCACACCGGCCCUGUCCGGAUAAGAUUGGACACCCCUGAUCUAACAAAUCGGUUGUCUAAUGUCCACUUGGCCAACAUUUUGACAGUUUCUGGAAGUGUUUGAGCGCUGACCGGUGCAGGAAAACAAAAACUCGCUUCAUAAUAGAUGUACUCUCUCUGUAUUUAUCAUCAUUAUUAACGUCGUUUGUGGAGCGUUAGAUUUGACAUGCCUUUCGUAGUGUUCUUGUGUUUAUAUCAAGCCCCGUGGGCCCCCCGUCCAGCGCAUUUGAGAUUGUGGGUGAAGGGGUGGGGCUUCCAGAUCAGCAUGCCGGUUAGCUCGUCUCUCGUUUUAUUGGGGUAAUAUAAAGUAAAAUAAAAAUACCCUUGGCGUAUUUUGGAGUGGUUCCUCUCAUGUACUAGCACACGACGAUGUUAGAUCUGCUGUGGAGCUCCUGUACGAAAUGAGUAGAAAGUUCUGGUUAUAUGUCGUUCGAGUAACCUCCGCGGAGCACCGCGGCAGCGUAACCCUGAUAUUGUACAAGCCUAGUUGCUGUCGUGUGAGCUCAGGUUUUAUGCGUAAGAUUUUCUGGAAUCCCAGGACUGGACCCCAGGUUCAGAAGAUUGCAGUAACCUGUUUUAUCAACGGUGUUUGCUCUGGCCGUAUUCAUUUUAUUGAUCUGUUCGCUUCAAGCCAUGAUCUCCCCUUCUUCGCUCCACUCCCCUCGCUAUCAGAGCUUUAAUUGAGCCGAGGGACACCGUUGCAAUCGGGAAGCGAUCCAGCCACCGACCGGCCACUGCAGCGCCGGCUCCGAGCACGUGAGCCUUCUGAUUGGCUCCCUGAGUGCCCAUGUGACCGUGCUUGCUGGAUGCUGUCGUGCAAAAAAAAAAAAAAAAGCGAGCCAGCUCGAAGGGAGAUGGGAUGGAGGCUGUCACUGGUAUCGCAAUGGGGUCAAAAGGUAGUCCAAGAUGGCUGCAGCAUCAUAUGAUCAGCUGCUGAAGCAAGUGGAGGCCCUGAAGAUGGAGAACUCCAACCUGAGACAAGAGCUCGAGGACAACUCGAACCACCUCACCAAGCUGGAGACCGAGGCCUCGAACAUGAAGGAGGUGCUGAAGCAGCUCCAAGGAAGUAUCGAAGAAGACUCGAAAGAUUCCCAAAGCCAGAUUGACUUUUUGGAGAGGCUUAAAGAGAUAAAUCUGGAGCCUAGCAGUUUCUCAGGGGUUAAGCUGAGAGCGAAGGCGCCCAUGCCAGGCUCAGGUUCGGGCCACUCCGCUGACAGCAGCCCCAUGGGCUCCUUUCCCAGGAGAGGAGUGACCAACGGGGGCAGAGACAGCGCCGGAUACCUGGAAGAGCUGGAAAAGGAGAGGUCCUUGUUAAUGGCUGAGCUUCAGAAAGAAGAGAAAGAGAAGGAUUGGUACUAUGCCCAGUUGCAAAACCUCACCAAAAGGAUCGACAGCCUUCCACUGACUGAGAAUUUCUCAUUACAGACGGACAUGACUCGCAGGCAGCUGGAAUACGAGGCUCGGCAGAUCCGGGCAGCGAUGGAGGAGCAGCUGGGCACAUGCCAGGACAUGGAGAAGAGGGCACAGGUGCGGUUGGCGCGUAUCCAGCAGAUCGAGAAGGACAUGCUGAGGUUGCACCAGCAAUUACAAUCCCAGCCUUCAGAAUCUGAGGCCAAGCAUGACCUCGUGGCCCAGACCGAGGGGGCACAGGCAUCAGGAGACUCGGUCAUCGGGAAUGGAGCUUGCUCUCAGGGCUCAAGCUCUCGUGUGGAUCAUGACACAGCCAGUGAGAUGAGUAGUGGAGGAAGUUACUCAGUACCACGCAGACUUACCAGUCAUUUGGGCACCAAGGUGGAAAUGGUCUACUCUCUGCUCUCCAUGCUGGGCACUCAUGAUAAGGAUGACAUGUCUCGCACUCUCCUGGCCAUGUCCAGUUCUCAGGACAGUUGUAUAGCCAUGCGUCAAUCCGGCUGCCUGCCGCUGCUUAUCCAGCUCCUGCAUGGCAAUGACAAGGACUCUGUUCUGCUGGGCAACUCUCGAGGCAGCAAGGAGGCCCGAGCCAGAGCCAGUGCUGCCCUACAUAACAUCAUCCACUCGCAGCCAGAUGACAAGCGCGGCCGGAGAGAGAUCCGGGUGCUCCACUUGCUGGAACAGAUCCGGGCCUACUGCGAGACCUGCUGGGAAUGGCAGGAGAGCCAUGAGCGUGGAGUAGACCAAGACAAAAACCCAAUGCCUUCACCUAUGGAGCACCAGAUCUGCCCAGCUGUGUGUGUUCUCAUGAAGCUGUCCUUUGAUGAGGAGCAUAGACAUGCAAUGAACGAACUUGGUGGACUGCAGGCUAUAGGUGAACUAUUGCAGGUCGACUGUGAAAUUUAUGGCCUUACGAGUGACCACUACAGUGUUACAUUAAGAAGAUAUGCUGGCAUGGCUCUAACUAACUUAACUUUUGGAGAUGUAGCCAACAAGGCCACACUUUGUUCCAUGAAGGGCUGUAUGAGGGCCAUGGUAGCGCAACUGAAAUCUGAGAGUGAGGAUUUGCAACAGGUCAUUGCCAGCGUGUUGAGAAACCUGUCUUGGCGUGCUGAUGUCAAUAGUAAAAAGACAUUGCGUGAGGUUGGCAGUGUUCGGGCUCUAAUGGAGUGUGCCCUUGAGGUUCAGAAGGAAUCGACACUAAAAAGUGUGCUUAGUGCCCUUUGGAAUUUAUCUGCUCAUUGCACUGAAAACAAGGCUGAUAUCUGUUCUGUUGCUGGCGCGUUGGCCUUUUUAGUGAGCACGCUAACCUACAGAAGCCAAACCAACACCCUUGCCAUUAUAGAAAGUGGUGGAGGCAUCUUGAGGAAUGUUUCAAGUCUUAUAGCCACAAAUGAGGAGCAUAGGCAAAUCCUGCGGGAGAGCAGCUGUCUGCAGACCCUUCUUCAGCAUCUUAAAUCUCACAGCUUAACCAUAGUGAGCAAUGCAUGUGGAACUCUGUGGAACCUCUCAGCUCGAAAUGCAAAGGACCAGGAGGCAUUGUGGGAUAUGGGAGCAGUUAGUAUGCUCAAAAAUCUGAUCCACUCCAAGCACAAAAUGAUCGCUAUGGGUAGUGCCGCAGCUCUGAGGAACCUCAUGGCCAAUCGGCCUGCCAAAUACAAGGACGCAAACAUAAUGUCUCCUGGAUCUAGUCUGCCUUCACUACAUGUAAGGAAACAGAAAGCACUAAUUGAAGAACUGGAUGCACAGCAUCUUUCUGAAACUUUUGAUAAUAUAGAUAAUUUGAGCCCUAAGGCUUCUCACAGGAACAAACCUCGGCACAAGCACAACGUUUAUGGUGAUUACGAUGGAGUUUGCAGGUCUGAUGGUUUUAACACUAGUGGUGUUGGUGUUCGCUCCCCUUACAUGAACACUCCAGUGCUCUCCAGCCCAUCUUCUCGAGAGAAUAGGGGCAAUGCAGACAGUGUUCGGGCUGAGAGAGACAAGAGUCUGGAUCGGGAGCGAAGAGGUGUCCACCCAGAUCCCGAAUCGGGUAAAAGAAUGGGAAUGCAAAUUCCUACCACUGUAGCACAAAUAGCAAUGGUAAUGGAAGAAGUACAAAGCAUGCACUUGGGCCUAGAUGACCGAAAUGCUGGAUCGACUCCUGACUCUCACAUGGUUCAGGAUGACCUCGUCAGACGUCAGACUGGGGUUCACAGUCACCAAAACAUGUACAGCUAUAGUAAACCAGAUGCAUCAGGCAGACCUUGCCCAAUGCCCAAACUGGAGUAUAGAGCAUCUAAUGACAGCCUUAAUAGUGUCAGCAGCACUGAUGGCUAUGGAAAAAGGGGUCAGAUGAAACCAUCUGUAGACUCCUAUUCUGAAGAUGAUGAAGGAAAAUGGUGUGUCUAUAGAAAAUAUCCAGCUGAUCUUGCCCAUAAGAUACACAAUGCGAAUCAUAUGGAGGAUGAUGAUGGUGAUUUAGACACGCCAAUUAACUAUAGUUUGAAGUAUUCAGAUGAGCAGCUCAACUCAGGCCGACAAAGCCCAAGCCAGAGCGAGAGGUGGGCAAGGCCCAAGAUUUUGGAGGAUGAGAUGAAACGCUCUGAUCACAAUCCACCUAGGUCCCAGAGCCCAGGGUAUCCAUUGUACACAGAGGGAAAUGGCGAAAGUGAAGAUAAGCUUAAAAAAUACCAGCCCCUGUUUGUUCAGCAGGACAUGUCUGGAGGAUUCCGAUCCAGGGGACCCAAUGAGCAAAGUGGCAGUGCGUCUGGUCAUGGAAUGAACAAAAAAAUGAACCAAACAAUUUGUACUGUUGAUGACUUUGGUGAUGACAAACCAACUAAUUACAGUGAGCGCUAUUCAGAAGAGGAACAACUUGAUGAGCAGCCUACCAAUUACAGCAUAAAAUACAAUGAAGAUCACCACGUAGAGCAACCUAUUGAUUAUAGUCUGAAGUAUUCUGAUGCGUCUUCUAAAAAACCAGUGUUCAGUCAUUCAAAAGCAUCAUCUUCACAGAGCUCCGUCAAGGAACAGUUAAGCCAGGACAGUUCAUCUUCUGUUUCAUCAAUAAAAACUCAGAAUCGGCAAAAACAGCUCCAUCAGCCCUCAGCUCAGACUCGACCCGGGCCUGGCAGGUCGAUUCAAAAGUCCAAUUGCAAGGCUCCUACAAUAAAUCAAGAAACACUGCAGACCUAUUGUGUUGAGGAUACACCUAUAUGUUUCUCAAGGGGGAGCUCCCUAUCAUCCUUAUCUUCUGAAGAUGAAAUGGAGAGCUGCAAGCAGAAUGUCAACGCAGCUAGUAAUUACACAACUUUGCCUGUUGCUGAAAAAUCAUCCAAUAAUGUUCCUGAUCAGCGCACAACAGAAGGUCAAUCGUCCAACCAUUAUGUCCGAAUGAAGCCACCACGACACCAAGGAUCUCAUGUUGGGCAUGGUGAGGGUUCCAGACAUCAGAAAGCAGUAGAAUUUUCAUCAGGCGCUAAAUCACCAUCAAAAAGUGGUGCUCAGACCCCCAAAAGUCCUCCUGAACAUUAUGUGCAAGAGACCCCUCUUGUGUUUAGCAGAUGCACUUCGGUCAGCUCUCUUGACAGCUUCGAGAGCCACUCCAUUGCAAGCUCAGUACAGAGUGAGCCAUACAGUGGAAUGGUCAGUGGCAUAAUCAGCCCUAGUGACCUGCCUGAUAGCCCCGGCCAAACGAUGCCACCCAGUCGUAGCAAGACACCUCCACCACCACCCCCACGUACAACGUCCAUAAAGCAGAAAGUUAGCAUGCCGCCCCAUGUAGAAAAACGUGACUUGGCACCAAGACAUGCAGCUGUCAGUGCUGCUGUGCAAAAAGUGCAAGUGCUUCCAGAUAAUGACACACUUCUACAUUUUGCCACAGAGAGUACUCCAGAGGGAUUUUCAUGUGCCUCAAGCCUCAGUGCAUUAAGUCUGGAUGAACCCUUCAUUCAAAAGGAUGUUGAGCUAAAGAUAAUGCCCCCACUUCAUGAGGAUGACCAUGGAAACAAGACAGAACCAGAGAAAGAAGACACUAAUGAGUCUAAGAGGCAAGACAAGCCUCCAGUAAAUACUGAAUCUGAGAAAGAUCUAUUGGAUGACUCUGACGACGACGAUGAUGAUCGAGAGAUCCUAGAAGCAUGUAUAAAUUCAGCCAUGCCUACAAAGUCCUCGAGAAAACCCAAGAAGCAAGCACCCCCAAACACUUCAAGAAUACCACCACCAGUGGUCCGUAAACCAAGCCAGCUCUCUGUUUACAAACUACUCCCCUCACAAAACAGAGGACAACUGCAAAAACAUAUGGCAUUGAGUCAUGGAGAGGACAUGCCUCGGGUAUAUUGUGUAGAGGGAACACCUACUAAUUUCUCCACAGCAACAUCUCUUAGUGACCUUACUAUUGAUUCACCUCCAAAUGAGUUGUCUACUAUUGAAAUUCCAGCUCCCCAAGCAGAGGUGACAAAUCAAAGACGAGACACCGUCCCAGAGGGUAAAAGUGCAGAAACGACUGAUAUUGCUGCAGCUUUUGACGUGCAGUGUGCUCCUGGUGAGAACGAAGGGGAUGACAUUCUUGCCGAGUGCAUCAACUCAGCAAUGCCAAAAGGUAAAGUACACAAGCCGUUCAGAGUGCAAAAAAUGUCGGAUCAACCUCAGCAUCCACCUACUGCUACUGGGAGUCUAGUUCAGCAAGAGUUUGAAAAGAAAAAGCCAACUUCUCCCGUAAAACCAAUGCCACAAAGCAGUGAAUAUAGAGCAAGGAUGCUUAAGCGACCAGAUGCCUCUAGCAACUUAUCAGAAGCCGCAUAUCCUGAUAAAAACACCGAAACAAAAAAAUUAGAGUCUAAAUCAGGCCCCAGAACAUUGGCAGAUAAGCCUACGAAUACCGAGGAACGUGCCCGUCCAGGUUUCGCCUUUGAUUCUCCGCACCAUUACACACCAAUUGAGGGUACUCCUUAUUGCUUUUCUCGCAAUGAUUCACUAAGCUCACUUGACUUCGAGGACGAUGAUCUUGACCUUUCCAAAGAGAAAGCUGAGCUCCGAAAAGAUAAGGAACAAAGAAAGCUUCCACCUUCAAAGAGUAACGGAGAGCAUUCUGGAAACACUAACAGAGUGGCCACAUUCCAGAGUGCCCCAGCAAAGGCCCUUCAAAAACCAGGUUUUUCACUUGCAUCCAAAGAAAAUACCGGAACAGUGCCUGAUGAAAAGCAAAAAUUUUCAAUAGAGGACACCCCAGUGUGUUUCUCAAGAAAUUCCUCCCUAAGUUCUCUUAGUGACAUUGACCAAGAAAACAACAACAAAGAUUGCUCACACAAAGAGGACACAUCGCAAGUGGAAAUGCCCAGGCCUCAAGCCUCUGGCUAUGCGCCAAAAGCCUUUCAUGUGGAGGAUACUCCUGUCUGUUUCUCUCGAAACAGUUCUCUUAGCUCACUCAGUAUUGAUUCUGAGGAUGACCUCCUACAAGAGUGCAUCAGUUCUGCAAUGCCAAAGAAGAAGAAGCAACCACCUAGAAGUAAGAGUGAUGACCAAGCUGUUAAGGAGGAGAAAAGCAUGUUAGAUGAUGGCAUUUUAGCAGAGGAACCCGACCUCAUACUGGAUCUCACAGAUACACACAGUCCUAUUUCAGAGCAAGCCUUGUCUCCAGAUUCCGAAUCCUUUGACUGGAAAGCCAUCCAAGAGGGUGCUAAUUCAAUUGUUAGCAGUCUGCACCAGGCUGCGGCCAGUUUAUCUAGACAGGGAUCGUCUGAUUCAGAUUCUAUCCUUUCUCUUAAAUCUGGCAUUUCCAUUGGAUCCCCUUUCCACCUGCCGUCAAAUCAAGAUGACAAUAAGCCACCUGCCCAUAAAGGACCAAGAAUAUUGAAACCGGGUGAGAAGAGCACUUUAGAGGCAAAAAAGAAAGAGGAGGAAGCUGCUAAAAGCCUAAAAGGGGGUAAGAAAGUGUAUAAAAGUCUUAUCACCGGAAAACCACGACCUAGUCUUGAGACCAUGACUUCUCAGCAGAGACAGCCUCAAGUUCCUGUAGUUUCAAGAGGAAGGACAAUGGUUCAUGUCCCUGGUGUGAGGAGCAGUUCUCCCAGUACCAGCCCUAUUCCAAAAAAGCCUCCUACUCGUGGACAAGCCACAAAACCCCCAGCUCCCCAGGCACCAAAUUCUGGAAACUCUCCUAGGACUAUGAAGACACCAUCAAAGUUAGACCCUAGUCCUGCCAGAGAACCAGCUGUCUCCCAAGGUGGAUCAAGUAAAACCUCCUCUCGAUCAGGAUCAAGAGAUUCCACACCAUCUAGACCACCCCAGCAAUCCCUAGCUAGACCCAUGCAGUCUCCUGGUCGUACCUCUGCCUCACCAGGUAGGAAUGGUCUAACGCCACCCAACAAGUUCUCGCAGAUACCUCGUACUGUUUCUCCAAAUGCAGCUUCCAAACCUGGGUCUGGUCGAUUGUCUUACCCAUCUCCAGGGAGGCAGUUGGGUCAGCAAACACCUCCGAAACAUAGUGGCUUGCCGAGGAGCGCCAGUGGUAUACCCAGGAGUGAAUCUGCCUCAAAAAGUCUAAAUCAGUAUGGAACCACAGGCCCUUCCAAAAAAGCAGAGCUGUCCCGAAUGUCUUCCACAAAGUCAAGUGGGAGUGAGUCUGACAGAUCAGAGAAACCUGGACUUGUUCGCCAAUCCACGUUUAUUAAAGAAGCCCCUAGUCCAACCUUGAAAAGGAAAUUAGAGGAGUCUGCUUCUUUUGAGUCUUUGUCUCCUUCCUCUCCUAGUCAGUCUCAGACACCUAUUUCAAGCCCGUCCUUACCAGACAUGUCUCUCACUCUGCCCUACCAAGGAAGUGGCUGGAAAAAGUCCCCUCAAAGCCAAAACUCUUCGGAAAAUGGAGAUGGGAAGUCACUUAGACGGCAUGACAUCUCCCGAUCCCAUUCAGAGAGCCCCUCAAGACUCCCAAUUAACAGAGGAGGGACAUGGAAAAGAGAACACAGCAAACAUUCGUCCUCUCUACCAAGAGUAGGUACUUGGAAAAGAACAGGCAGUAGUUCCUCUAUUCUCUCUGCAUCAUCUGAGUCUAGUGAAAAGGGCAGAAGUGAGGAUGAACCUCACCCAGUUAAUCCACCUCAGCGAUCUGCACAGAACAAGGAUGGUGGACUGGAAAGGAAGGGAACGUGGAGGAAAAUAAAAGAUAAGGAAGCAGGCCCCUCAAUGACUCUAGACUUACCUGAUCCAACUAGUGAUAUAUGCACAUCACAUCAGACAAGUACCACACCAUCUAAAUCUGAGGAUGUCUGGGUGAGGAUUGAAGAUUGUCCCAUCAACAGCCCUAGAUCUAGUAAGUCACCAACAGCAAACACACCUCCAGUAAUUGAUGGCAUGUCUGGAAGACUACAUCCUAGUGACUGGGACUUGAGUGAAGUGCAUCAUAAGCAGCCAACAGCCAAUGAGAAUGCGUCCAGUCGACGUCUCGGUUCGGAAACUAAUUUGAACCUCAUUCGAAGUAGUGAGAGUCUUGACCAGAAGGUGACCGACAUCAAGCCUGUUUUAAGCACUCCAAAUAUCGCUACAGAAGUUCAUGAAAUUGCAAUUGCCGAGCGUACACCUUUCAGCUCGACCAAUUCCAGCAAACACAGCUCCCCUAGUGGUGCUGUUGCUGCCAGGGUUAGUCCUUUUAACUAUACGCCAAGCCCUAGAAAGAGCAGUGCAGACAGCACAACGCCGAGGCCAUCUCAGAUCCCCACUCCGGUUAACAGCAGUGUAAAGAAGAAAGACUCUAAAGGAGACACGACAGAAAGUGGGUCCUAUAUUGUCACCUCAGUGUAAAAAUUGUGUGAAUAGACUGGACAAUACUUGGAACAUGUUUUGUUGAACUCUGUGGGAGAAAAACUGUUUAAACAUAUUGUAGUCGAAGCAAAUAUAUACAGUUGUGUACUUUUUGCUGGUAGAAUUGUGACAGGCACACUUGGUUAUCUGUGGAGGGAGGGCAGGAUAUUGUAUGUCAAUUUGUACAGAUUUAAUUAUGUAUAUAUUUAAUUUAAACUGGUGACAAGAUCUUAUCUUGCCCGACUCGAGGUAGAUAAUUACAGUGGAAUAUUUGGGAUGUUGAGACACCCUUUGGUUGACCCUCCUUACUAAUGCAUUUGAUUUUUAAGGAACUGUACACCUGUAUUAAUUCCAAUGUCAAACUCCUUUUUACUGCCACAUAUUGUAUGUUAUGACCUCUGCUCCUUGCAUGAUCUCAUCCAAUGUUCUGAAGUAAAGUUGAACAUUGAUGUGGACACAAGAUGUGCUGAUAGCUGUAGUGUAACCUUUUACACGUUUGUCUGUGCUUUUGAAAGUAAGGAAUUAACUACGAAAAACAAACACUUCGGAGGAUAUUUACAAUGGUCAUAGAUACGAAAAAUAAAUAGAUUCAUUGCUCUGCUAUUUGUGUACGACAUUUCCGGUUGAGAUGAGUGUUUUAAAUUGACACUUUGGUUUCUGAAGGACUGAAGUUGUUAGAAUUAAAUUAUUGUAAGUUUUGGUGGUGUGUUUUUUUUUUUUUUUUUUUUUUUUUUUUUUUAAACCUAAUUUGCUUUACCCAUUAUUCAGAGUUAUUAUUAAAGCACAUGUUCAGAUAUACUCUUUUACCAAAAUGGCACAUUGUUGUUUUUUUGUUUGUUUGUUUUCCCCCCUCAUGCAAUAAAGUAGGCUGAUUGAUGUUUGACAUACUUUUCAAAUUCCAAAUGGCAAAUCGAUGUAAUAAACACCAUUUUGGUGA